AGCCUUUUCGAACUCAUCGUUGGCGCACUUGUGGAAAGUGCGUGCCUUGGGCGGGUCUCUGUCGCAGGGCAAGCACGGGAUGUUGGGAGCGAGUUUGGGGAAGGAGCUGUUUGUGGGGACCUCCCAAAGGAAGGGGAAGGGUGACGGAAGCAGCUGCCACGGCCCACGCCGUUCCUUCUGUUUUGCUGUGCUUGCCCAAGCUGCCUCACGGAUACCUACAGGCUACUGGUGCCCCAUCGCCAACGGAUACACCUGCAAUUUCGAGACGAGGAAGGCGCAGUUCGUGCGUGUCAAUUCAUUCUCUCGACCUUCCCCGCACUUUGCAUUCGAGGAGGAAACAACACGCCAACUCUUCUUCUCCUCAUAGUUCUCUGCUGGAGGCAACAGACCGAAUGCAAAGGCAGCUUUAAUGAUGGCAACCAGUCGUCGUGUU